AUGAACACCUGCAAGAUCGUAGAAUGGGCCUUCGGAAAGCGCAUGACGCCGGCGGAACGGUUGCGGAAACACCAGCGCGCACUCGAGAAGACGCAACGAGAGCUAGACCGCGAGCGCGUGAAGCUUGAGAACCAGGAGAAGAAGCUAGUCGCAGAUAUCAAGAAGAGCGCAAAGAAUGGGCAGAUGGGGCCUCUGCGCAUCCAGGCAAAGGACCUGGUGCGCACACGGCGAUACAUCCAGAAAUUCUACCAGAUGCGCACACAACUGCAGGCGAUUUCGCUCAGGAUACAGACCGUACGCAGUAACGAGCAGAUGAUGCAGUCCAUGAAGGGCGCCACAACGCUGCUCGGAAGUAUGAACAGGCAGAUGAACCUCCCCGCGCUCCAACGCAUUGCCAUGGAGUUUGAGAAGGAGAACGACAUCAUGGACCAGCGGCAGGAGAUGAUGGACGACGCUAUCGAUGAUGCCACUGGCAUGGAAGACGAAGAAGAGAGCGAAGACGUCGUCAACCAGGUCUUGGAUGAGAUAGGCAUCGAUCUUGGCCAGGCUCUUGGCGAGACGCCCAGCGGACUGCAGAAGAACGCAGUACCUGAAGCUAGGGUGGCGCAGGCUGUUGGCGGCGGCGGAGCUGACCCUGAUGACGACGACCUCCAGGCACGCUUGGACAGCCUGAGAAGGUGA